GGCGGGAGCGGGGCCAUGGGGACGGCGUCGUCCCUGGUGAGCCCGGCGGGCGCGGUCGGGGAGGUGAUCGAGGACACGUACGGCGGCGGCGGCGGCGAGGCCUGCGAGAUCCCGGUGGAGGUGAAGCCCAAGGCGCGGCUGCUGCGCGGGUCCCUGCGGCGCGUCGGCGGCUCCCGGCCCGGCGGGCUCAUCGGCGCCAGCUUCAAGUCCACGGCCUCGGUGCAGGAGCUGGAGUGCGUGGCCGAGUAUGAGCGCCUGAGGAAGGAGUACGAGAUCUUCCGCGUCAGCAAGAACAACGAGGUGGCCUCCAUGGUGAAGAAGGAGGCCAAGCUGGACAGGGAGAACAAGCGGCUGCGCGCCGAGCUGCAGGCACUUCAGAAAACUUACCAGAAAAUACUUAGGGAGAAGGAAAGUGCCUUAGAAGCUAAAUACCAAGCAAUGGAGAGAGCUGCUACUUUUGAACAUGAUCGAGACAAGGUCAAAAGGCAAUUCAAGAUUUUUAGAGAAACUAAAGAAAAUGAGAUUCAGGACUUACUGAGGGCCAAACGAGAGCUAGAAGCAAAACUCCAGAGACUUCAGGCCCAAGGAAUCCAAGUGUUUGAUCCUGAAGAGUCUGAUUCUGAUGAUAAUUGUACAGAUGUUACAGCUACUGGGGCACAAUCUGAAUACUGGAAUGGAGGAGUGUUGGGAAGCGAGCCAUCCAUGGGUAGUAUGAUGCAACUUCAGCAGUCUUUCAGAGGGCCUGAAUUUGCUCAUAGCUCCAUAGAUGUGGAGGGACCAUUUGCAAAUAUAAACAGAGAUGAUUGGGAUGCUGCUGUUGCCAGUUUAUUACAGGUUACUCCUCUGUUUUCCCACUCUCUGUGGAGUAACACAGUAAGAUGUUAUAUUAUUAGUACUGAUGAGACUCAACCAGAAGUGAACAUCCUCAUUAGAAGCUACUCUCCAAAACUUCAAAGAGUCUGUGAAACAAUGGGGUACUUCUUUCAAGUUGUUCAUUUUUCAUCAGAAAAUGAAAGGCCUCUUCAGGAUGUAAGAAAAUGGGAAAUUGAAAAAAGUUCGUUAGUCAUUUUGCUCCUGCAUUUAACUUUGCCAAGUUGUUUGUUGGAGGACUGUGAAGAAGCCUUCUUGAGAAAUCCAGAAGAAAAACCCCGGUUAAUUUACCACAGAAAAGAGGAUGACAGAGUCAGUUCAGUCUCGGUGCAACAGUUAAUCAAGCAAAUUUCUUGCAUGAACAAAGCAAAGAUUAUUGACCAUGUUGGAGGUGUGGAGGAAGGAGCAUAUGAAAUCUAUAGCUGUGUGGAAAAAAUAAUUAAACAGGAUAUAUUGGGGUGUGAAAUGACAGAACUAGAAGGCAAGGAUUUGAGUAACAAGGAAGACUCCACUGCUCCUGAAGAAGAAGUUUUUGGUGAUGUAUUGUGGGAUGCACACGAUGAACAAGAACAGAUGGAAGCUUUUCAGCAGGCCUCUAAUUCAACAUGUGAACUGGGAUUUGAAAAAUAUUUUGAACGUCUAAAUGACCUAGUAGCAGCACCAGCACCAAUUCCACCGCUGCUUGUAUCAGGAGGACCAGGCUCUGGGAAAUCUCUCCUUCUGUCAAAAUGGAUUCAAUUACAACAGAAGCAUUCACCAAACACUCUAAUUCUUUAUCACUUUGUUGGGAGGCCCAUGUCUACUAGUUCAGAAUCUGCACUGAUAAUUAAACGCCUUACUUUGAAGCUUAUGCAACACUCUUGGUUAGUGUCACCUCUGACUUUUGAUCCAGCUAAACUUCUGGAAGAAUUUCCCCGUUGGCUGGAAAAACUUUCUGCACGCCAUCAUGGCAGCAUUAUUAUAAUUAUUGAUUCUAUUGACCAAAUACAGCAAGCUGAGAAGCAUAUGAAGUGGUUGAUAGAUCCACUGCCAGUGAACGUGAGAGUGAUUGUGUCAGUGAAUGUAGAAACGUGUCCACAGGCUUGGAGGUUAUGGCCCACUCUUCAUCUUGAUCCACUGAAUUUCAAAGAUGUUAAAUCUCUCAUUAGUGCAGAAUGUAGCUCUGCAAAUGUUAAAUUGACUAAAGAGCAGGAGAAGAAGCUUGAGAGACACUGUCGUUCUGCCACAACUUGCAAUGCUUUGUAUGUCACUCUCUUGGGCAAAACCAUUGCUUGCAUUGGAAAUACAGGAAAUAUUGACGAAAUCCUUCGGCAGUGUUGCCAAUGUCAAGACACAGUGUCAUUGUACAGGCUUGUUCUGAGAUCAAUUCAAGAAUCAUUGCAGAGCGAUAAAGAGAAAGGUCUUUUGAGAGAGAUACUGUGUGUCAUUGGUGUCAGCCACAACGGCAUGAGUGAGUCAGAGCUGAUGGAGCUUUAUCCUGAGCUGACUUCUGCAGUCUUAGCCUCACUCCUUCACAGCCUGCACAAAAUGUGUUUCCUGACAUAUGGCUGUGGUUUGCUGAAGUUCCAGCACCUCCAGGCUUGGGAGAUGGUGAAACUAGAGUAUAUGGAAGAAGGUGAAAAUGUUAUUUCUGCCUAUAGACAAAAACUAGUGGAAUAUUUCACCAUGCAGUUAAGUCGAGACCGAGUGACUUGGAGAAGUGCAGAUGAACUUCCCUGGCUCUUCCAACAGCAGAGUGAUAAGCAAAACCUACACAAGUGUCUUUUGAAUCUCUUUGUAUCCCAAAACCUUUACAAAAGGGGACAUUUUGCAGAAUUGCUGAGUUACUGGCAGCUGGUUGGGAAAGAUAAGAGCUCUAUGGCAGCUGAGUAUUUUGACUCUCUGAAAGAAUAUGAAAAAAACUGUGAGGGAGAGGAAAGUAUGAUCUGCCUGGCUGAUCUUUAUGAGACCCUGGGACGGUUUCUUAAGGACCUAGGUCUUCUCAGUCAGGCUGUAGCUCCACUGCAGCGAUCUCUGGAGAUUCGAGAGACUGCGCUGGAUCCAGAUCACCCCAGGGUGGCACAGUCACUUCACCAGCUAGCAGGAGUGUAUGUUCAGUGGAAGAAGUUUGGAAAUGCUGAGCAGCUCUAUAAACAGGCAUUGGAAAUCUCUGAAAAUGCAUAUGGAGCUGAACACCCUCGGGUAGCCCGUGAACUUGAUGCACUUGCAACCUUGUACCAAAAGCAGAACAAAUAUGAACAAGCUGAGCAACUGAGGAAAAAAUCCUUCAAAAUACGGCAAAGAGCAGCAAAGCAGAAAGGCAGUUUGUGUGGCUUUGCUCUCCUGCGUCAAAGAGCCCUGCAAUUGGAAGAGCUCACGCUGGGCAAGGACACACCAGAUAAUGCUCGAACUCUUAAUGAGCUUGGAGUCCUCUACUACCUGCAGAACAAUCUUGAGACAGCGGAGCUUUUCCUGAAGCGCUCCUUGGAAAUGAGAGAAAGAGUCCUGGGUUCCGACCACCCGGACUGCGCACAGUCUUUGAACAAUCUGGCAGCCCUGUACAAUGAGAAGAAGCACUAUGACAAGGCUGAGGAGCUCUAUGAGAAAGCCUUGGACAUCAGGAGGAGAGCGUUGGCUCCAGAUCAUCCUUCCUUGGCUUACACUGUGAAACACCUGGCGGUGCUGUACAAAAAGAUGGGAAAACUUGACAAGGCUGUUCCACUGUAUGAGCUAGCAGUUGAAAUUCGACAGAAGUCAUUUGGCCCAAAACACCCCAGUGUAGCAACUGCUCUGGUAAAUCUGGCUGUCCUUUAUUGUCAGAUGAAAAAACAGAUUGAAGCUUUGCCUCUUUACGAACGUGCAUUAAAGAUUUAUGAAGACAGCUUUGGCCACAUGCAUCCUCGUGUGGGGGAAACACUGAAAAACUUGGCUGUGCUAAGCUAUGAAAGGGGAGACUUUGAGAAGGCUGCUGAACUUUACAAGAGAGCUAUGGAAAUAAAAGAAGCGGAGACUUUGUUGAUAGGUGGUAAAGCAACUUCUCGACAUUCAUCGAGUGGAGACACAUUCAGCUUAAAAAGUGCAUUAUCACCAAAUAUUUUCCUGGAACAUGGACAAAGGUGAUAUAAACCUGCUUCAAGAAAAUGCAAUCUCUAUUGAUAUUUUAAAGCAGACAGAAAAUUCCCAAGACAAAUCCAUUUUUCCAAGGAUUACAUACUAUUUUGGGGCCGACACCUGUCUUCAUGAAUGACAGUGAAACAAAUGUUUCAGCUUGAAAUCCUCCAACUUUGCAGGCUGUAUGGCAUGAAGUGAGCUGCUUUCAUUGUAUAUAGGUGCACAUAUUAGUUGCUUGCUCAAGUUAUAGCUAAUACCAAGAACAUGGACUUGAUACCUCUUAGCCCAAGUGCCAGGAUUAUAACAAGUUAAGCUGAACCGCUUGUAUAAUCUCUAUGGGGUAGUUCUUAUUUCUGUGCUGUAGUAGCAUGGCUUAGAGGAUUUAUGUAUUUUUGCUUCAUCAAUCCUUUCUCCCUUUUCAGAAGCCUUUAAAGUUGUUUCUGAAGAGAUGGUAAAUUUGAAAAAUUUUUGAAAAUACUGUUCCACUGAAAGUUUUACCUGCAGGGUUAUUUCAGCUUUAAGCAAACUUGCAUUCAAGGGACUUGUGCAAAAUUAAUUGCUUUCCUUGGGAAGCUAAAAUAUCUAAAUGUAUCAUCAUCUACAGUUAAAGCUGUUGUCAGAUUCCACUCUGUUCCGUAAAAAUAAAAUAUAACCUAUUUCAGCCCUUGUUCUAGUUAGGAGGAAUUUAAUAUUUUUGUAAGGCUGUAACUUGGCAAAAGAAACAGUAUAUGAAACUGACAGCACAAGCAUACAGCCCAAAUUUGAUUUUUAAGAUGACGAUUUAGUUUGAAAAAAAAAAAUCAAAAAUAGCUCUUGAAGGUAUGAUAAUACAGCAAUAAGAGCUGGCACUUCGUUACAGCUCUCUGGAUAUUUUCCUCUUAUUCAGAAAAUGGGUUUUUAAUCAAAGCAUGAAUUUUAUCACUGUAUUCCAGCUACCUUGAAGAGUUUUGAAAAUGGGAAAUUUUCUUUGCAGGAUUGUUACCAGCUGAGGGGGCAGAAGGGAGAAUGAACAUUAAAAAAACCCAAACCAACCAAAAAACUCAACCUACUUAGUUUGUGUGUGUUUCUGUUGCCUGCUGUUCCUAGAUCUCGUAAUUCCCUUCUCUAAAGAAUUACCAGAUGUCUGCUCUGUCACCUCUGUUGUGAUUUUAACAUGUAGAAUGAUGUAUCUUGCUUACCUAAAUAGUUUUCCUUAAUGUUUCUGAUUCAAAUAAGAAGCAGCUUUCUAGAUCUUCAGUGUUACAUUAGACUUUACUACAGAAAGUAAAGCAAGAUCACAUAGGACUAAGGGUCCUAUGGCUGCAUGUCAGCUGUAGUCACUGUGUGCUCACAAGACAGCUGUCCCUCUAAUUGCACCUCAUGGACAGUAAGGAAAAGUAAUUUGUAUAUAUGGUGUAUGCCAGGUAAUAAUUCUCUGUAGGAGAAUUCCUCCUCAAAACUGAGGAUCACCAGCUUCAAGGGAGAUUUAAUUACACAGUUACAGAAUAUAAACAUCUUAGUAAUAUUCAUGCUGCACUGUAAAGACGGAAAACUUCUUUUACAAGACUGCCAAAUAAAGCUGGACUUAACCAUG